AUGACUCCAGGCUACAACACCACUCUCGGCCUGCAGUGGCUCGAACCUGGCGGUGCCAUCAUUUUCGUACAGAGUGACUAUUCGGACACCAUCUCGUCUAUUACAGAUGCCACUUGCAUCGUUACGGACCUCGUCACAAACGGCGUGAACAUCCCAAGCCGCAUAGCAGCAUUGGGUGCAUUCGAGCACGGUGCAGCUUUGAUGGAGAUGUACCCCGUCUCUGAAGGUAUCUUCGCAGCGUUCGGUUCGUACAAUCCUCGUUGGAGUUGCACGGAGGCAUUUCGUAGUGCCGGUCGCCAUAUUCAGCGAUACAAAGGCGCACAGCAACAUCAUCUUCUGGUCGGCUGCAAUAGCUUGAGCGACCCGCUCGACACGAGCAGGGCGAGACGGCUUGGUGGGAUGCUACAAAGUUUUAAGUAUCGUGUCCACUACUAUGAGUCGGGGACGGAUGGAUCUGGUGGCCUCGAAGAUUCUGAUUUUCUGCUCACCCUUCAUCUGGAAUUCUUCCGCCAAAAGCUUGGCUGGAUCCGAGAGACUGUAAGGGCAUUGCCAAAUGUAUUCACGUAG